UGCUGCUGCUGCUGCUGCUGCUGCUGCUGCUGCUGCUGCGCCCAGCGGCGAGGGCUGGCUCUGCAUGCGCUGCGACUGGGAAAAAAGACUUGUGGGGCUGCAGCAGCAGCGCAGCAGCUUCAGCUUAUCAACAGCAGUUUGCUGCGUGUGCGGCAGGAAGGGGGGGGCCUUCAAAAGGGCCCUCUCGCUGCGCCGCAGCCAGCUCCAGCAGCAGCAGCAGCAGCAGCAGCAGCAGCAGCAGCAGCAGCAGCAGGGGUUUUGGGACGCGGAAGAAGCAGCAAAAAGCGACAGCGUCGAAAUGCUGCACCUGCAGUGCGCGCUGUGGCUGCUGCCAGCAGCGAGGUGUCUAGACACCUUGCGGCUGGAGCCCUGGUGCUUGGCGGGGGUGCCUUCUGCAGCAGCAGCAGCAGCAGCAACGCAGCAGCAGCAGCAGCAGCAGCAGCAGCAGCGGCAGGAUGUACGCUGGCUGCAGCAGGGCUUUGUCUGCUGGUCGGGGGCCCCUGCUGCUAUUUGCUGCGUCUGCCGUGUUGACAUAGGGGUUGUCAAGCGCUGCAGCAGCAGCAGCAGCAGCAGCAGCAGCAGCAGCAGCAGCAGCUGCUGCAACAAAUUCGUUCACCCGUACUGCGCCUGGCUGAAUGGCUUCUACGUCCGCGUGUGCUGCAGCCAGAGGCCCUUUGCUGCAGCAGACUCCACCCAGCAGCAGCAGCAGCAGCAGCAAAAGCAGCAGCAGCAGCAGCAGAGGGUCAUCGAUCUCGACGAGGAGGGCCCCGUACAGGCCCCAGAGGGAGAAGGCGCAGAAGCCAAACCCAGCAGCAGCAGCAGCAGCAGCAGCAGCAGCAGCAGCAGCAGCAGCAGCAGCAGGAUAGGCCUCACAGAGGACCCCUUGCUGCAGCAGCUGCUCAUUGAAGUUUUCUGCCCGCAGCACACUCCGGCCUUCGCAGCCCACAGGCAGCAGGCGGAGCAGCAGCAAAUUCGCCUCGAGAGGGCCUCGCUUUCUGGGGGUUUGACUUUGUCGCGGCCGCCCUAUGGUGCUGCUGCUGCAGAGCAGCCUGCUGCUGCUGCUGCUGCUACAGAGAAAACAGCUGCAGCUAGCAGCACCAAGCGCAGCGGCAGCAGCAGCAGCAGCAAGAACAAAACCGCAGGCAGCAGCAGCAGCAGCAACAGCAGCCUCAGGCAGCGCACGGUGGACGCCGAAGCAGCAGCAACAGAAGCAGCGCCAGCAGCAGCAGCAGCAGCAGCAGCAGCAGCUCCCCAGGCUGCAGCAGCAGCAGCGCCCCCCGCAGCAGCACCAAAGGAGACACCAGCUGCAGCAACAGCAGCAGCAGCAGCACGCGAAGACACCCCAAUGGCAGAAGACAUUUACGCAGACGAUCUGUGCGCCGUCUGCAUGCGCGAGACCGCUGGGGGUGCGUCUUUGGAGCGGUGUGUGGGGUGUGGGGUGUCUGUACACCUCGGCUGCUACGGGGGGUUCCUGCUGGGAUCCAAUUCGGGAGGAGACGAUCCCAACGAUCCCAACGAUCCCAGCGAUCCCAGCGAUCCCAGGCGUUUUCUUUGCGACCCCUGCUUGUGGGGCAUAAACCCCAAACAAGUGGGUUGCCUGCUGUGUCCGCGGCGGGGCGGGGCCUUCAAGACGGCGCAGCCAUUUGCUGCUAGUGCUGCUUUUUGGCGGGGGGCCCACGGCUUCCGCCAGCAGCAGCAGCAGCAGCAGCAGCAGCAGCAGCAGCAGCAGCAGCAGCAGCGGGUGGGGGGCAGCUACAGCCCCUCUUUCGUGCAUGCGUUUUGCGCCUUUGUGUCUCCUUCCCCCCCAGUGAAGGUUGUCUGUACACCUGAGCUUUCUCCAGUGUGGGGUUGUGAUCUUCUUGCUGCUGCUUUGGGGCUUCUCGAGGCCCACGACGCAGCAGCAGCAGCAGCAGCAGCAGCAGCAGCAGCGGGAGCAGCAGCAGCGGGAGCGGCAGCAGCGGGAGCGGCAGCAGCGGGCGCGGGGGCGCCGGCGGGAGAUCCAGCGCUCGCGCUCAGCAUGCGCAGCAGCAGCAGCAGCAGCAGCAGCAGCAGCAGCAGCAGCAGCAGCAAAAAUGCAUGCAGCGUGUGCGGGAGACGGGGGGGGCUGAUGUACCGCUGCUGCUGCCGUUUGCUGCUGCCGGCCGCAGCAGCAGGAGCGGGAGCAGCAGCAGCAGCGUCCGCAGCAGCAGCAGCAGCAGCAGCAGAAAGCUGGGUGCGGCAGCUAGCCACUCUGGCUGGCUCAGCAGCAGCAGCAGCAGAACUCACCGAAGACAUCCCUGCUGUUUCCCGAGAUGCAGCAGCAGCAGCACGCAGCAGCAGCUACUGCAGCAAACGCAUGCAUCCUCUUUGUGCUCUUCUGUGUGGGGCCCGCUUCUGCUUCAGCAGCUGCGCAGUUGAUGCAGCAGCAGCAGCAGCAGCAGCAGCGCCAGCGCAGCCUCUGCUCUUCUGUCCCGAGCACUCGAGGAUUCUGGACGAAAUAAACCCACAGGAGCAGCAACUGCUCUACGUGCACCGUCAGCUGCAGCAGCGGCUGCUGCUGAUAAAGGAAAGACAGAAGAUUGAGACCUCGAAGCUGCAUCUGCUGCAGCAAGCGCAGCGCCUUAGCGCGCAGCUGGAGGGACAACCUGCUGCUGCUGCUGGUGCUGCUGCUGCUGCUGCUGCUGCAGAUGGACAGAAGCAGCAAGCGCAGCUCAUGCAGCAGCUGCUGCGGCGUUUUUCAGGCCAAGAAGAACCACAGAAUAUACCACAGAUGCUGCUGCUGCCGCAGCAGCAGCAGCAGCGGAGCUUUGCUAAUGGGGCGGACCAGCAGCAGCAGCUGCUGCUGCAGCGCAUGCUGGCGCUGCCCGGGAUGCAGCAGCAGCAACACAUACUGCUGCAGCAGCAGCAGGUGCUAAUGCAGCAGCAGCAACUCGCGAUGUCGCACACGAUGGACCAGCAUAUGCAGCAGCAGCAGCAGCAGCUGCUCCACUACGCAGUGAAACCCCAGCAGCAGCAGCAGCAGCAGCAAAAGAUAGUUCGCCCUAAACCCAAGAAAGACCCAAGACGGCCUCCCCGGAAACUAGUAAAGGAGGCCCCCAAGCAGGAGCAGCAGCAGCAGCAAGAGCAGCAGCAACAGCAGGUGCUGCUGCAGCAGCAGCUGCAGCAGCAGCAACAGCAGCAGCAGCAGCAGCAGCAGCAACCCCUGCUGGCGGAGCAGCCACAGGAAGGGACGCAAGAAAUAGAGCAGCAGCGCCAGUGUACAGACACCCCGCCAGAGUCAGAGAUGCCCCAUGAACAGCAGCAGCAGCAGCAACAGCAGCAGCAGCAGCAGCAGCAGCAGCUAAGCAGUCCUUCUUCAGCCGCUGCGCCUUCUGUGCAGCUUGAUGAUGCCCCCGUGGGCAUGUAA